AGUGUUGCUGUAGCGACGGUCCAUUACACAUUUGGACACUUCGAGCGAGAGUUGCCAUGGAGGAUCGGCUCGUGACAAUCUCAACGAGUGACUGGAAGGAGUGGCGCGAUCUGUACAAAACGGACUGGCCUCAGCAUGAAGUGUCCUACAAUUUGAUACAAAACUAUAUCGACUGGCAGGAGCAAGGCGUUGACCUGAAGGAGUUUAUGGCGUUUAGUCUGAAUGGCGAAUGGGCAAAGGAUGGAACGUAUAUUGUAAUUGAUCGCAAUGAAAUGUUCAUUUAUACGCUGGACACAUCGUUGGAAAGCUUGCGCCGUGCGCUACUGCUGUUAGAUUGGACUCGCAGUUAUAUGAUCAAUAUGGGCCUGUACAAGUCGUUAGUGAUUGAAAUUUAUCAACUAUUCAAUUUGGAGACUCUCUUCGACAAGCAUACCUGCAUGUACUACUUACCCCACGAGGACGCCCGCAAUUUAGUAGUACAAGUUCCUGACGGCUUCAAGUUCGGCUCCCUGAAAUUCGACGAUGCUAUCUUCAUUAACGCUGAAUGGCCCCACAAGUACCCAGGAAGUGAGCUGUUUAUCGAACGAUUAAUAACGAGGAAUCUCAACUUGGGACUGUUCGAUGGAGACGGUAAACUAAUGGCAUGGUGCAUGCGAGUGCAAAACGGAGCCAUGGGUAUGCUUGGGGUGGCUCAAACCCGACGCGGUUACGGAUCGAUGAUGGCACUAGGAUUCGCACGCAAACUAGGUGAAUUGGGUCUCAACGCAUACGCUAGCGUGAUCGAUACCAACGAACCGUCUAGGAAAUUGUUUCACAAGUUGGGAUUUAAGAUAAAAUGGACGACCGACUGGUUGAGGAAUGGACCAAGAAAUACUUUGUCUCACCGUAGCUCGAAUCGCCACUCGAGUCGAUGCUUUGGCAGACAUCGCUCGGGAAGUAUCGAUCGAUACCAUCGCAAAUGCCGGAGCAAUCGUAGCCGUUCGGAUUCAUCUGAUCGUAACCGAUGUAGGUCACAACCUUGGUCUCCCGUCCGAGGACACUCUAGCACCAGGAAAUUGUCUUCACAUAGAGCAGAGAUUCGUGUUGACUCGCCAGAGCCAAAUCGAUGCCUGGGAGUGUUUGGAUUAACCGUUUACACUACGGAACAAUAUCUAAAGGAUAUCUUUGAACAAUAUGGAAUCGUAGAAGACCUGCUUGUCAUAUACGAUUCCCAGACAAGACUAUCACGGGGAUUCGGGUUUGUGUAUUACCAAAAUGUAGCGGAAGCAAUUUGGGCUCGUAUGCACUGUAAUGGAUUUCAUGUCCACGGACGACGAAUCCGAGUGGACUUUUCCAUCACCGACAGGCCCCAUCUGCCUACACCAGGUAUCUGCAAGGGAAGACGAUCACAAAGUCGUUCGGUGUCGCCAUUGGAAAACUCAAUAAGGGAGUGUAAUCGUCAUAGCAACCGCCGCUCGAGAUCUACGACAAAAAAUUGA